AUGAGUACCAACCGUUUCGAUCUUCUUCAAGACGACAAUGAAGAGCCACAGGAGAAGGUUGUGACAAAGGAAGUCAAGCCAGCCGUCAAGGCUCCAACCGCCCCAGCCUCAAAGAAGCCAGCUGCUGCUGCUGCUCCAGCCAAGCCAACCGGAGAGCGCAGAGAUAGGCCUCAGGGUGGCGACAGAGAGCGUCGUCCAAGAGACCCAUCAGCUGUUGCUGGUGCUGCUCCCAACGGUGAGCGCAGGGAGAGGAGAGAGCGUCGUCCAACUGACGCUGUUGCCACUGAGGAUGCUGACAAGCAGUCCACCAGAAGAGACAGCAAGCCACGCACCCACACUCCACGCACUGACGCCGCUGGUAACCCACGCGGUCGUCUGUUCGACAGGAAGUCUGGCACUGGCAGACCACAAGGCGAGCAGAAGAAGGGCGGUUCUGGCCGCGGUAACUGGGGCACCCCAACUGAGGUCGUCUCUGAGACCCCAGCCACCGAGGAGGAGGCCACCACCACCACCACCACCACCACCGAGUCCGUCGACGCUCCAGUCGCCGAGCCAAAGGACACCAACAUCACCUACGACGAGUACCUCAAGCAGCAGCAGGCCGUCCAAGUCGAGCCAAUCAAGCUCAGACAGGCCGGCGAGGGUGAGACCAACAAGUGGGACGACUACGCACCACUCCAGAAGGAGCCAGUCAAGUCCAACGCCAAGUCGGACAAGAAGGAGAAGAAGAACCCCAAGGAGAAGACCAUCAUCAACUUGGAGCAGAAGCCCGCUGUCAGCCAAUCAUCGGCCCCAAAGGGAAAGGGCCCACGCCCAACCGGCGCCAAGGAGCAGGCCAAGAAGAUCCCUGAGACCAAGGACUUCCCAGCCCUCAAGGCCUAA